AUGUUCAACGGCGGCAUGGCCACCACCUCGGCCGAGAUCGAGCUGCCCGACGUGGAGCCCGCCGCCUUCCUGGCGCUCCUCAGGUUUCUUUAUUCAGAUGAAGUUCAGAUUGGUCCAGAAACAGUCAUGACUACUUUAUACACUGCUAAAAAGUAUGCAGUCCCUGCCCUGGAAGCGCAUUGUGUGGAUUUCCUAACAAAGCAUCUCCGAGCAGAUAAUGCCUUUAUGCUGCUUACUCAAGCUCGAUUGUUUGAUGAACCUCAGCUUGCUAGUCUUUGUCUUGACACAAUAGACAAAAGCACAAUGGAUGCCAUAAGUGCAGAAGGCUUUACAGAUAUCGACAUAGACACAUUAUGUGCAGUUCUAGAAAGGGACACUCUCAGUAUUCGAGAAAGUAGGCUCUUUGGAGCUGUUGUUCGCUGGGCAGAAGCAGAAUGUCAAAGACAACAACUGCCGGUGACAUUCGGGAACAAACAAAAAGUCCUUGGAAGAGCUCUUUCCUUAAUCCGUUUUCCAUUAAUGACUAUUGAAGAGUUUGCAGCAGGCCCUGCUCAAUCUGGAAUCUUGUCGGAUCGGGAAGUAGUAAAUCUCUUUCUGCACUUUACUGUCAAUCCUAAACCUAAAGUAGAUUAUAUUGACCGACCAAGGUGUUGCCUUAGAGGAAAAGAAUGCAGCAUUAACAGGUUCCAGCAGGUGGAGAGUCGCUGGGGCUACAGUGGAACAAGCGACCGGAUUAGGUUCACAGUUAACAGAAGAAUUUCCAUAGUGGGAUUUGGAUUAUAUGGAUCUAUACAUGGACCCACAGAUUAUCAAGUUAAUAUACAGAUAAUUGAUUAUGAGAAGAAUCAGACGCUGGGACAGAACGACACUGGAUUUAGCUGUGAUGGAACAGCCAGUACCUUCAGAGUUAUGUUCAAAGAGCCCAUAGAGAUCCUGCCCACGGUGUGCUACACAGCUUGUGCAACUUUGAAAGGUCCUGAUUCCCAUUAUGGAACAAAAGGUUUGAAGAAAGUGAUCCACGAAUCUCCUACUGCUAGCAAAACAUGCUUUGUCUUUUAUAGUUCACCAGGUAACAACAACGGUACAUCAAUAGAAGAUGGACAGAUACCAGAAAUAAUAUUUUAUACUUAGUUUCACAUAAUGAUGUGGAAUAUGUUGUUGUCUCAGUGGACUUCAGGUCACUACUGGCAGCAGUUGAAAAAUUCUGUUAAAUUACUUUAAUGUGUAAAAACAAAACUAAUUUGUUUGAGGGGUACCAGAAAAGCUAUUUUUUUUUCUGCAUCGUUAUUGGUAGAUUGUAAUUUAGAUUUUCCUCUAAACAAAAUGUAAAGUGGAAUAAGUACUCUGUAUAUUGAACAGUUUGUUUUAAGUAGUACCUUGUGGUUAAUUAUUUUGUGUUUUCUCCCCUUUGUUUCUCAUGUAGUAAAAUUCAUUUUUUGAACUGGAAAAUCCUUAUUUGUUAUGAACAACUUGUGUAUGUUUUCUCCAAUCUGUCCUUAAAAGACAGUAAAGCUGCUGCUAUAGUCCCAUCUUGCACUUCUUUCCAAAAUGACCUUGGAUUGACCUUAUGGACAUGGAUUGCUACUGUAUUUUUUUUUUUUUAAGUACAUCAGCAAAGCUGCAUUCAUAUUUCCAUCAUCUUGACUUUUUCCAAGAGCCGUGGAAAAUUAAUGGACUUUGCACUGCAGAGAACAUCUGCAGCUGCAGUGAAGAAAUAAAUACCAAGUCAAAUUCAGCAACAAACAGAUCUUUCCAGAAUCUCUUUUAAUUCAGAAGGGCUGUUUUGGAAUAUAGAAAUGGUUAUGCAAAUAGCCACUGUAUAUACAUAUGUGCCUAUAAAAAAUGUAUAAUGUGAAAAUGAGAAUAUGAGCCUUGUAAUGCUGUUAUUUUAUCAUUGGAUAUUCUAGUACUAAAAAAUUAGUAUAAACCCAACCAUUAUUGAUGUGCAACGAGUUUUACAGAUUGCAUACAAUAAUUUGAUGCAAUUGCUGUAUG